AUCUCAGCUAAUCUGAUGUAAUCUGCUGUUACUAAAUGGAUGUCUACAUUCACAUUUCUAGCACACUGCACAUGAGUGCAUAGGAAUAAAGUUUUCAAUUUUUUUUUUGUGUCAGUUCUGCUGGGAGGAAGCCAUGUAUCUGUUUUUUUACUUACACCUCAUAAUGAGCUUUCUUGAAGAAGCGUGUGGUUUUUGUCCUUCGCAAUGCACUUGCAUUUACCAUGGCAGAAGUGAUGGCACUGGAACAAGGUCUGUGCUCUGCAAUGACCCUGACAUGUUUGAGAUUCCUGUGAAUGUUCCUGUGGAUACUGUAAAACUUCGAAUAGAAAAAACUGUCAUACGAAGGAUCCCGACUGAAGCCUUUUACUACCUAGUAGAUCUCAAGUACCUGUGGGUAACUUACAACUGUGUAGCCAACAUCGAUAUCAGCAGCUUCUACAACUUGAAACAGCUGCAUGAGCUACGGCUGGAUGGUAAUCUGCUCUCGACUUUCCCCUGGGAAUCUCUGGCAGAGAUGCCCAACCUGCGGACUCUUGACUUACACAACAACAAAGUGACCAGCAUUCCGGCCGAUGCUGGCAGGUACCUGAGGAACCUCACCUAUCUGGACAUAUCCAGCAACAGGCUAACCACCUUGCCAUCAGACCUGAUGGACAUUUGGCCCCCCUUCUCAGAAGCUGUCCCCCCCAAGAGCACAGACAUUCUGCCGACCCAGAGGGUCAUUUUGGGUUUGCAGGACAACCCAUGGUUUUGUGACUGUCGCAUUUCAAAGCUAAUUGAAUUUUCCAAAAUUGUGGACACCUCAAUUGUCCUUCUUGAUCCACUGGUUUCGUGUAGCGGACCUGAGAACCUGGCAGGGAUCUUGUUCCAGAGAGCAGAGUUAGAGCAGUGUCUUAAGCCAUCCGUGAUGACAUCGGCAACAAAAAUCACCUCCCCGCUGGGAAGCAAUGUUCUGCUACGCUGUGAUGCAACCGGGUACCCAACGCCACAGCUUACGUGGACUAGGUCAGACAAUAUACCAGUGAACUAUACAGUAAUUCAAGAAACACCUGGAGAGGGUGUCAGAUGGUCCAUAAUAAGCUUGACAGGGAUUUCAUACAAGGAUGCAGGGGAAUACAGAUGUAAGGCGAAGAACUUGGCAGGAAUGUCAGAAGCUGCCGUUACUGUCACAGUGGUUGGUGUAGUUACCACAACUGUGUCGCCACAGAAGUAUGGAAGGAAGCAGGAGGCAGAGAGACAGAAUGCCACAGUGGGGGAAUCCAAGAAGGGACCUGAGAGAACCACCACACCUCUUCUCACCCUGUCAACCACCACAGCACCGGUUACCACUGAAAGAUCAACGAGUGCCAGGGUUACUGACAAGAAGCAAUCCAGGCCCAUGGUUGAUGGAAAGAAAAUUUCAAAGGCAGUGACAAAUGGAAGCAAAAAGCAGCCUGGGGAGAUGAGCAAGAAAGGUGAGGAGACAAAGCAGAUCGAGGAGGCAAGUGAAAAAGGUGAAGAGACUUCACUGAAGGCAGCAGCAAUGGCUGAGCAAAAUGUUACUGUGAAGAACCUAAGAGUGAUCAGUGAAACAGACGAAAGAGUGACCCUAACUUGGAAAACUGUCAAUGCCUCAAGCAACUCCGCAGUGACUGUGUUGUAUUCAAAGUAUGGAGAUAAAGACAUGUUGCCUCUGAGCACGGAUCCUAGUAAAAACAAAGUCACAAUUGAAGGUUUGCAACCUAGUACUCAGUAUAUGGCAUGUGUCUCACCCAAAGGAGUGCCGCCUACAAAAGAGCAGUGCAUUAUUUUCACUACUGAUAGGUUAAAUGAUGAAAGCACAUCUCAGUUUCCUAUUUUGAUAUUGGCCAGCAGUGCAGCAUGCGUGGUUGUUUUACCUUUGAUAAUUUUCUUACUAUACAAAGUUUUAAAACUCCGUGUGAAACCCAAAACUGCUAAGGAAGCUGACCUUGCAAAGGAGACCUAUGUAAAGUUUGAAACACUCUCUCUCAAGCCUCGAGCAGUGAAUGCAGGAGGAGAGCUCUGGGCACGAAGGUACACAGAUGAAUCAGAAAGACUUCUCCUCUGUUCUAGGUCAAGUAUGGAUUCUCAAAUGACUUUCAAAAGUGAAGGCUCUAGAUCUGAGUACCUCUGUUGAACAUGGGUGAGGAUGGAGGAGAUGAAAUAUGCAACAGGUAAAAUUAGUCCGAAGUGAUGAUGUUGCAUCUGGAAGCAGGUUGGUGCCAGGUGGUGGUCAGAACAUAUCACCUGAUAUCACGAACUCUCCUGGAUGGGUAGAGAGGUGGGUAGGAGCGGGAACAGAAGGAAAAUGUUGCCUAAUGAUUUUUCUUUUUUGUUUGUGACUUUGGAUGUGGAGGAAUGACAUUCUUUGAAAGAUGAAUACAGCAUGAAAUGUUUACUUGGUUAAAGAUAUUCUAUUUCAUCGUUUCAUUAAAACAUUGUUCUGUUUUCUCUCAUUUCGCUGUAUGAUGUGCUCAUUUGAAUCAAAUGUUAAUCAUGACUUUCAUAAAAACUAUGCAUUUUGAAAUAAUAGGAAAACAGCUCAAAAUACUUUGAGGUUGAAGCUUUGUUUAAAAAUGUCAUACAGCUCUGUGCAGUAUAUUGAAUUGGAAGUGAUUUUGGGCCAAUCAAGACUGAAACUAGGUAGCCGCAGUUUAUGAACUCUUGAGAGUUUUGAUACAUACAUCAUAUCAUCAUUUUGGAGAUGCUGUGGUGAAGGAGCUUCUUUAGUAUUCCGAAGCUCGGGUAAGCUAUCACUAUGAGUGACUCUAGGAGAGAUACUAGAUAUUGUGUGAAAUUACAGUAAAUGAUCUUGUUGCAAAAUCCCAGCCUUAGAAUUUAAUUGUAUGCAUAUAGCUAUAUACAGCAAUUUCAGAAAUUUCUGUUGAGAGAAUUUUGUGACAUUGUGUAAUACAAGGCAGACUGUUACAUGGCUGUAUGUUAUGUAGAUAUUACACAGUAUUACAUACUACACUGUAGCAUUAUAGUGUACUUUGAGAUAGAGUAGGAUGACGUCUUGUCCUCAGGUCAUGUUGAAUAUGUAGCAAAGUUUAACAAGCAUAAUGAAAGUUAAUUAUGAGCAUGCUUCCCAAUCUUUAGAAAAUCCAGUGUUAAUAUUGAUGAUAAUAACGAAUACAGAAUUGCCUGUUACUGACAAUAAUGAACUGCCUAUUCUGAGGCUGCUUUUUCAAUGCCUGAAGUAAAUAACAGGGCUUUGUUAUUUUAGAUUUGAGUAUUAUGGUUAGAAGUAUGUGUGAACCGGGAACCACAGUAUUUCCUAAAAACGAAAACUGUACUCUUUUCUUGGAUCUUUUUAUACCUAGAAGAACUGUUUAUUUUGCUUGGAAAUUGGGCAUUCCCUCUUUCCAGAGGGAGAAAUAUUGCUUCAAAGCUGAAAACCAAAGCUUAGUUAGUUAACUUCAAAAUAUCAUUUGUUGGUAUCAUUGACGUAGGAUUAAAUUUUGUCUGUUGGCAUAUUGGAGAGCAUGACUUGUAAGGCAUAGUUUCAUGAGGGAAAACAAUUUUCCAUAAACCCAUGGCAGAAAAUAAACACACUCAAAAAUCUCCAUAACAUCUACAUGUUUGUGCUCAGUAGUCGAGGAUAAUAGAAUGAGUAUCUGAGACCAUGGGAGCUAUGCAAAGGAGGCAGGUGUGGUAUUUGAGAGUACAAAAUUAAUUUGUGUGUGCUUUUAGGAUUAACCUAGAUGUUUCAUUCUGUGUUAUUAGUAUGUGUGUUUAAAAAGUAAUCUAUCUUCUUUUUUUUUUUUUAUUUUUUUUCCUGGAUAAUUUUGAUUGCAGUGAAAACGUUUUUAGUUUUCUGAGUGAAGUAUUUUGACAUUGGCACUUUUCUUGAAAUUUGGGAUUUUUUUUUAAGGGAAAAUAGAUUCUUCUUGUGUCAAAAACAUAGUUUAGUUUAUCACAAACAGUUUUUCAGACAAAUUUUAAACAGGAGGUCUGAUGUGUUAACCUGAAGUGUUACACUAUUUGCCUUCUAUUCUCCAUAUGGAUAGUAUAGCCAGUAGUUGCUGCUGAAGGUGUUCCCAAUUAAAAACACUGUGUUUGUCAUAAAUAGGAUCGAUUAUAUUUACUUUUUAAAUUUCCGGAGAAUAUUUGAUUUCAGGUUUCAAAACUUUGCAAGAAACUUGAAUCUAAUUCUGGAGUUCAAAAAUGCCAUCACCUGGUUUUUAGAUGGUGUAUCAAUAUAUCAGACUGAGGCAGUGCAAAGCUCAUUUGCGAGAGCUCAUUUGCAAAUGUGAAACCUGUUGGUUUGACUAAUCCUUGUGGAAUUAAUAUGUCCUAAAGUUAGGAGUGGAUCUCCGUGACCACGUGUGCUAUCAGUACAUCAAAGAUGGAAUAUAUCAUAAAAGGCACGUUCUUUCAAUAGAACACCAUAUACAUUAUUUUUUCCACAGUUCUUGAGACAAUGGAAUUAUAUAACCUGGACAUGCUUCUGUACCUCAUGUCAAAACAGCACUUGAGCUGGGGAAUUUUGAUAAAAAUUGAGUACUUAAUAAAGAUACGCACCCUACAUCACCCAGAAUUGGUGUAAUUGAAGAGCUGAAGAAAUACUUCUGGUAACAUGCAAAUGUUUAUAUUAUAAAUUCUUAAGAUUCAUAGAACCAUUAUGAGAUAGGUUUUUGUUACCCAUAAUCAAUUUGUGUAAUGUCUUUUGAAAUGCGAUACUGAAUGAUUCAUCAUGAUGAACAGCUGAGGAUCAUAAUCUAUGCUUGGCUGGUAGGAAUCAUUGGAGAGGCAUUGACCAAUGUUUAUGUAUCGCCUUUCAUAUAUUUUUGCACUUUAUUAGCUCAGUUCAUUCUGUGUUUCACUAAAAAGGCUAGAUCUCUUUUUCAUAUGUUACCCACAAUGGGUGUGUCAAAAUUGGAUGGUUAAUGAAAUAACUGAGCUGAAUUCUGAAUAGACCCCAUUUUUACUGAAAACUUCACUGGGUCUCAGCACUUAGAGUUGACCACAAUCCUGUCUUCAAGGUACACUUACUAAGCCAAACUUUAGGUGCAUCUCUUUUAGUCCUUGCUGUUGCUUGCAGUCGACUCUGUAUUUGUAUUCCUUGCACUAUUGUAAGAUUCUCAUGUUUUUCUUGGGUGGGAGAUUAGGAAAGAAAACUCUUUCAUGUGUACUCUGAAAAUGUAAUAGCAAAACAAUUCAGACUUGGGCUGUUUAUAAUAGAUGAAACAGAGGACAUUUUAAACUCAUUACCUUUUCAAAGAAGUAAUUAAAAAGGUAGUUGUUUUGAUGUGAAAAUAAAGCAUCGCUUUUGUAU